UCAACAGUGUACGUACGUGCUGCCACUAUGUGGAAUGGUAGCGUACUCGAUCAUCUUGCGGAAAACACGCGAACGUGCGCGCCGGAGUCAAUGCUUUCUCUUCCUUCUGGUAGCUGAACGGUCGUAUCGUUUUACGUUUGAAUGAUGUAACCACCUGUCGGGAGCUCAUCGUCUGAACAGGUUGAGGAUUUUACAUUUCUAUUUAUGCUCCGUGGAGUCAAGAACGACUGGUCUGUAUACAUUCAAAUAAUCACCCUCCCCUUCUUCGGACUGCACUCUUAGCGUGUGUGUCUGUGUGCGAGGAUAUUGACUUUCUCGCGUUCGCCCGUGCAACACUUGAAAUCAACAGUGACGGCUCAAUACAGUGCAAAGGGAAAUAUCGUCAACGAGAGCAAAUCUGUGGAGUUCCACAGAAGCGGGGAGUGAAACUGCAUUUUCCACCUCAGAUUUUUCAACCAUGGCUGCGAAACUCAACCCUAAUGUCCUGUACGUUCGGGAACCCAGAGAGUCUCGCCCAGGACAUGAUACAGACCGACUAGCACCGGCAGAAGCUGCCGAUGAAUCAUCUGACAGUGAUGGGGAACAGGAGGAAACCUCACACAAGCUCAUCAGAAAAGUGUCCACCUCUGGGCAAAUUCGUGCAAAGAGAAGUGUGAAGGAGGGACUCCUGCUCAAACAGACCAGCUCCUUCCAAAGAUGGAAGAGGAGGUACUUCAAGCUUCGAGGACGGACUUUGUACUACGCCAAAGACUCCAAGUCUCUAAUAUUUGACGAGGUAGACCUCUCAGAUGCCAGCAUGGCGGAAACCAGCACCAAGAACAUCAACAACAGCUUCACGGUCAUCACCCCUUUCAGGAAGUUGAUGUUGUGUGCUGAGAGCAGGAAGGAGAUGGAAGACUGGAUCAGCGCUCUGAAGUCUGUGCAGAAGUGGGAGAGUUACGAGUUCAACAUGGAGCACUUCUCUGGGAUGCACAACUGGUACGCCUGCUCUCACGCCCGCCCCACCUUCUGCAACGUGUGCCGAGAGGCUCUGCCGGGGGUCACCUCUCACGGCCUGUCUUGUGAAGUCUGCAAGUUCAAGGCCCACAAGCGCUGUGCCGUGCGGUCUACCAACAACUGCAAGUGGACCACGCUGGCAUCAAUCGGGAACGACAUAAUCGAGGAUGAGGAGGGGGUUUCCAUGCCGCACCAGUGGAUGGAGGGAAACCUUCCCGUGAGCGCCAAGUGCAGGGUGUGCGACCGCAACUGCGGCAGCGUGAGGCGGCUCCAGGACUGGCGGUGUCUCUGGUGCAGGGUCAUUGUACACAACAGCUGUAAGGAACACAUGGGGAAGCGCUGUCCCUUAGGCCAGUUCAAGGUCUCCAUAAUCGCUCCCCCUGCACUCAACAGCAUUGACUCUGAUGGGUUCUGGAAAGCUGCUAACCCGCCCUGCUCCAGCCCACUGCUGGUUCUGGUCAAUUCCAAGAGUGGGGAUAACCAAGGGGUCAAGUUCCUGCGCAAGUUCAAGCAGCUGCUGAAUCCGGCCCAGGUGUUCGACCUGAUGAAUGGCGGUCCGCAGCAGGGGCUGCGUCUCUUCCAGAAGUUUGCGAUGUUCCGGAUUCUGGUGUGUGGUGGGGAUGGCAGUGUCGGCUGGGUGCUGUCAGAGCUGGACAAACUUGGGCUGCACAAACAGUGCCAGUUGGGUGUUCUUCCUCUGGGCACUGGGAAUGACCUGGCGCGGGUACUGGGCUGGGGAGGGCUCUGUGACGAUGAUGCCCAGAUACUGCAGAUCCUGGAGAAACUGGAGAGAGCCACCACUAAGAUGCUGGACAGGUGGAGCGUGAUGACAUACGAAGUUCCCACAAAACACUCCCUUCCAGUGGUGAAGGUGGAUGACACAGGGGAUGGCAGUCUCCAGAUACAGAUGGCCCUGUAUGCUGAUUCUGUGGCCUCCCAUCUGACCAAGAUUCUGGACUCAGACAAGCAUAGUGAUGUCAUCUCCUCAGCUAAGUAUUUGUGUGGGACAGUGAAUGACUUUGUGUCAGAGGUGGGGAGGACAUACGAGAGAUCAACGGAGAACAGGGAGGAGGCUGCAAUCAUGUCUAAGAAGUGCGCUACGCUGAACGAGAAGCUGGACUCUCUGGUGAAGGCUCUGGGCGAGGAGUCCGAUGCUAAGCUGGUGCCCGCGGGCACCCAGCCACCGCGCGAGGGGGGCCAGCCCGAGCCUCCCAGCAUCCCGCGGGCCUUUAAGUCCAAAGAGCAGCUGAUGCUGAGGGCCAACAGCCUGAAGAAGGCCGUGAGGCAGAUCAUAGAGCAGGCCGAGAAAGUGGUGGAUGAACAGAACAGGCACACUCAAGUGUACCACAUGGCCUCCACCUCCUCAAUGAAGAUGGAGAACAAUGAGGACCUGAAGGAGGCAGACACAGGACAUGGAACCACAAGCUCCUCCACCUCCACCAUUGUCCUGCAGAAAUCAGAAAGCUUCGGCUCUGUGCUGCUCUCUGAUGACUCUGUACUGUGCACUGAAAAGUGUGUUAUGAACAAUUACUUUGGGAUUGGACUGGAUGCAAAGAUCUCCCUGGAGUUCAACAACAAGAGAGAUGUGCACCCCAAGAAGUGCAGCAGUCGCACCAAGAACAUGAUGUGGUACGGGGUGCUGGGGACCAAAGAGCUGGUGCAGAAGACGUAUAAGAACCUGGAGCAGCGGGUGCACCUGGAGUGUGACGGCGUGCCCAUGUGUCUGCCAAGCCUGCAGGGUUUGGCCGUUCUCAACAUCCCCAGCUAUGCAGGGGGCAUCAACUUCUGGGGCGGGACCAAGGAGGACAACAAUUUCGGGGCUCCCUCCUUCGAUGACAAAAAGCUGGAGGUGGUGGCGGUCUUCGGCAGCAUGCAGAUGGCGAUGUCCCGCGUCAUCAAUCUGCAGCACCAUCGAAUCGCCCAGUGCCGGCAGGUGAAAAUCACCAUCCUGGGGGAGGAGGGCGUACCCGUGCAGGUGGACGGCGAGGCCUGGAUCCAGCCACCCGGAAUCGUCAAGAUCGUCCACAAGAACCGGGCCCAGAUGCUCACCAGAGACCGGGCCUUCGAGAGCACGCUGAAGUCGUGGGAAGACAAGAGGAAGUGCGACAGCUACCGCUCCUCCCGUCCGCGCCUCAACUCCCAGCAGUCCAUGGAGUACCUGACGGAGGAGGAGGGCGUCCAGGUGAAGCAGCUGGGGCAGGCGGCCGACGCACUGAUCGCCAGAAUCAGGGAAGCAGCAAAGACCCACAAGGUAAUGGAGCAGGAGCUGGCCCAUGCGGUCAACGCCAGCGCACUGAUCCUGAGCGAGGCCUUCUCCAGCAAACCUACCAGUCCUGAGUAUCUGAGUCGGACUGCUGUUGUGGACAUUGUCAAUAGCACCAAGGUUCUACAGCAGGAGACCAGAAUACUUUUAGAUGGGAAGCUUCUGCAGCUGGAGCCCCCCCAGGAGGAGGCGCUGCUCUCUGCUCUGAAUAGCCUGAGCGCCGAGCUGCAGAGGCUGGGAGAAAUCCACUGGAUCUGCCCCAUCAUACACUGCUCCGAAGAGGAGGAGCUUUCCAAGGGCAACCGUAAGAGCAGCAUAAAGAUGAAGAUCAUGCAGAAAAGCAAGAAGGAGCGAGAGAAGCUGCACAAGCAGAAAUCCAACAGUUCCUUGUCCUCUCUGUCGGGACCAGCGGAGAAGUGGGCCAAGGAGGAGGUAGCGGCGUGGCUGGACGCGCUGGGGUUAGGGGAGUACACAGAGAUAUUUGUCCGCCAUGACAUCCAGGGCUCGGAGCUGGUACUGCUUCAGAGGCAGGACCUGAAGGACCUUGGGAUUUCAAAGGUGGGGCAUCUGAAGCGAAUUCAACAGGCCAUUAAGGAACUGAGCUCAGAGCCCUAAUGUCACCUGCCGAGUUGGCGUUCACCUGUGAGGAGCAUCUGGGCCUGUAUCUCCGCCCCUUUCUCAGACAGGAAGCAGCUCCUGGUGGACUGAACAUGAACAGCGGAACCUCUUUCCCUCUUUGUCUUUUGUUGCUCAUAUUUCCUCCGCCUUCAGAGAUGUGGCACGUGUUCAAAGCCAAUGGCGAUGGUGCAGGGGGGUCUCAGUCUUCGGUAAUUUUAAUCUUAGCUCCAGCUUUACGGCCGCCUGCAAGAACAUAAGAUGACAGACUACACUUUUAUUGAGCGGUUUUGAACAAAAAGAAACAAGUCUGAAUGUAAAAAGACAGCUCGCCUUUUCCCAUAACCACAAAAUCAAUGCGUAGAUACCCGUUUGUACAUACAGACCUUCAGAAAAGGCAAGCAACAAUGCCUUUAUAAACAGCAUCUUGAGGAGCGUACUUGCUGGUAAUGUGUUCUUUUUUGUAUAAAUGGCCUUACGGCAAACAAAUUCCAUCCAGCUACUUAUUGAGGCCCCCUUAAACAUUACGCGAUGCAUGGCUUCUCUGCUCAGUGGCGUCACAGCAGAAACGGGUUUGAUGUAUUUGCUCAGGCAGGUAGUAGUCUCAAAUGUAUAACUAGUGUCCUAGAAGAGCUCUUGAUAAGUGCUUUGUGCUUGUGCCAAUGUUGUGCUAAGCACAGUGGACUAUGAUACUGGAAGAAUGUAUGUUUUGCGUUUAAGUUGUACUAUGUUGCACUUUAAGACUUAAAAAGGUUCAUAUAAAUUUAUAGAAAAACUCUAUUAUUACAUUUCUUCAUUAUUGCUUCUUUAUGGGAAGUAUAUAAAGGAUACACAAUGCGUUUAAUCAAAAUAUAACAUUCAGAGGUACUAAUGUGCUACUAUUUUAUUUUUAACUUGAAGAAUCUUCUAUAGUUUAUGAUGAGCAUAAAAUAGUCAGAAGCUGGUGUGAUAUUAAUAAUGGCUAUGUUCUGCCAUUAAAGUCAACCAAACGUACUGUGAUGCAAUCAGGUCUAAACAUCAAAAGAAAAUAACGUAAGACACAAAAUGAUGUAUUUAAGGAUUUUAUGAGCCAAAGUGAAACUGACGUAGUGCAUGAGGUAGCGAAUUGGUACAUUCCAGUUGCAUAUAUUACAAUGUAAGUCAUGACAUUCCUUAAAAAAACAACAAAAAACAAACAAAAAACAUUGUACAAAGCUAUUGGGGCUGGUGUAGGAUUGAUAAAGUAACAAUGAAUGACCUCACACUGUUUUAUAUGUUCCCAAAGAAAUUAUUGUAUGAAAUAAAAAUGUAUAAAAUAAAUUGGCCUUUGUCAGGUGUAACUAAUGGCCUUUGUCUGGCCAAAACUAUGUGGACACCUGACACAAAAAUUAUGGGCAUUAAUAUGGAGUUGAUCCACCCUUUGCUGCUAUAACAACCACCACAUUUUCUUAUACUAGAUUUUGGAGCAUUGCUGCAGGGAUUUGCUUCCAUUCAGCCAGAAAAGCAUUAGUGAGAUCCGGCACUGAUUGGGCGAUUAGGCCUGACUCGCAUUUGGCUUUCCAAGAGUGUUGGAUGCGGUUGAGGUCAGGGCUCUGUGCAGGCCAGUCAAGUUCUUCCACACCAUUGUUGACAAAAUCAUUUCAAUGUGGACCUCGCUGUGUGCCUGGGGGGCAUUGAAUUGCUGAAACAGGAAAGGGCCUUCCCCAGACUAUUGGGGAAGCACAGAAUCAUUUAGAACAUGCUUGUAUGCUGUAGCAUUAAGAUUUGUCUUCACUGGAACGAAGGAGCUUAGCCCAAAUCAUGACUAAACAGCCCCAGACCAAGGGGUGUCCAGAUACUUAUGGUCAUGUGGUGUAGCUAUAUCUGACAAAGACCAUUGUAUGUCAAAAUGUGGUUGACUCCAAUGCUUUUUUUAAACAGUUUGUAAAACGGUACGUGGGAAUUCCUUUCCUCCUUAUAAUUCCUUACAGAUUUAGCAUAUUAAAGCCCUGUUAUUUUUGUUUUUAUCAUUGUGUUUAACUGGAAAGAGUUUUGGAUAAAUUUCACCAGCAGAGGUAUACUUGUGACAAUCGCAAUUACCUUUAAUCCAACACUGAUGCAACAUUCAUGUAGAAAUGGGGAAAAAAAGAUAAAUCCUUUUGUAUAUUAAAACACAAGUAAUGCGAAAAUAGUGGGGCUUACACAAUUCUCAGAACUGUGUUGAAUAAUACACAUAUUCAAUUGUCAAAUACUUACUGCCAUUUCAGUUAAUGUAUUACACAGUUUACCAAGGUGGAAUGUAUUUUUUAAAGAUUUAUUUCAAUGUUGUCAUUACUGGUCUUUUCUGGUAUUGAAGAAUAACAGGAACUCUUCAUAUUCUUUAAAUCUUCAAUAUGAGAUCACCAGUUACACUGUAAAAGUCUUGUUGACUGGAGGUUUGACUGGGUUUGCAAAAUCAGGAAGCUUGCUGUGGCUAAAGAAAUGUCUCAAAAGCUGUUGAUGUAGUAUGUUGAAUAUUAUUUACAGGUGUUGAAAAAAUACUUUGCAGGAUUAAUAUUUAUUUAUGAAUGUACUUUUGGAAUUCUCUUUGAGAAACAUUCAGAAUGCUCAUUGUUAUUUUUCUGUUUAACAAGACAAUAUCCACUGCAGAACCCAAUGAAAACAAGUAAAAAAUAAAGUGUUGCAAUUUAUUUAUUUAUUUUUCUGAUGGCUUUAGGGUGAAUAACAUCAACUGCACAAACAUUACUAGGAAAAUGGUGCAGUAAACACAAAAACAUCCACAUCUGCCCCCUGAAGAAUGUUUCUGAUCAGUCAGACGAGUGUUUUCUUAUUAUGGUGAGAAUUCUUCAGUCAUGAACUGUAGAGUUCUUCCUUAGCCUAGCAGGCCCAAUAACUCACCAGACCCAAAUGGUUGAUUUUGGUAGGCCUUUAGGUUUGGCCCAAGUGUCUCACUGUUUUUUUUCUUCAUAUUUCUCAGCCUCAUAAUGGCAUCCUUGACUUUCAGUGGUACAACUCUGUUUUUGGCGUUAGUCAGCAUAAGGACCAGACCUCAGAGGUAAUCAAAAGCCUAGUUUCAAGACUAGAUACUGAAAUAUUAAUCCAGUUAAUUCCUGUUCACUAAAACCAUAAAGCAGCUAAGAGAUGUUCAAAAGUAUACUGACAAAUUAUUAGGUACCUUUAAUGUAUCCUUUAUUCAUUUGGUUAAUCUCUUAUUAAAAGUCUUUGAUAAUACACCCACAAUGGUACGAGCAUGAUGGUACAGGGUUGUUAAAAACACUGAAGUACAUUGGACAUGGAUAUGAUCACGUCCAUUCACUAUGUAGUUCAAACUGUUAUAUAUAUAUUUUCCGUCUCAAUCACUUAACCUGGUAAUGUGGUCAAAAACAGAAAUACAUUCUUGGAUAUGGGUUACCCUUGUAUGCUCUUCUCAUAGGGAUCAUUACUGUAUUGGUUAUGAUUGUCGUCACUCAUUUUAUACUGAACAAUGAUUUGGAUAAACUGACUAGUCUUUCUGUUCUGGCCAUGACAUCUUUUUUUUCUUCCUCCUCUUUCAUGUUUCAGCAUUGAAGUUAAUUUUCCCCACAAUACUGAAAAAAUGGCAUCUUCCCUUCCCAUCACAACAAUUUUCUUUUUUGUUUAUUAUUAAUGCAAUGGUAAUAAACAGAAAAAUACUCACCAGUA